AUCCAAGCGUGAUUCAUCCAAGCAUACCUCUGUCAGUUAGUUGUCAUUACCCCUCUACGCUCUUGUCAUUUAUGCUUGCAGGUAACCUCCAAUUUGCUUGUCUAUUUUUAUCCAAUUAAGCCAUCAUUCACUUCGCUUUGAGUCAUUCAAUUAAUUUUUUUAUUUUAGUUUGCUUCAAUUUUGUUUUCCCAUUUUCGUCCUCAUCCUCUCUGAUCCACAGAUUUCUUGCCUUUCAUUUCUCCAUUGACCCUCAAAGAAAACAAUUCCCACCUAUACAUUUGUUUUCUUGUUGCAAAAAUAUCCAGAAUUAUACGCAUAAAGAAAGAAACCCUUUUGAAACCAGAGCUCAAAACUGUCUUAAAUAAGCUUUCUUGGGAACCAAAAAGUGGAAAUCUUUGGAUUUUGAAUGGCGUGGAAUCAAGAAAGGUGGAGGGCUUUUAGGCCAUUGUUUACAAUUAUAUGGAGCUUUUUGUUGGCUUCAAUUUUUGUUUCUGCCGAAAGAAGCUUAAAGACAGAACCUUCAUCCAAUGAUUCAACUUCAGAUUCACAAUUAUUUAAAGCUUUAACGAAUUUCUUAUGGCAAGCAAAUGAAUCAGGCUACCAGCAUGUUUGGCCGGAUCUGGAAUUUGGAUGGAAAAUUAUCGUUGGGAGCAUUAUUGGAUUUUGUGGAGCAGCCUUUGGGAGUGUAGGUGGCGUUGGUGGCGGCGGCAUAUUCGUUCCUAUGCUCACCUUGAUUAUUGGAUUCGAUCCAAAAUCAGCAACUGCUAUAUCAAAAUGUAUGAUUAUGGGAGCUUCCGUAUCAACUGUUUACUACAAUCUUAAGCUCAGGCAUCCCACACUUGACAUGCCUAUUAUUGACUACGACUUGGCUGUACUCAUCCAACCCAUGCUUAUGCUAGGCAUUAGUAUUGGAGUUGCUUUCAAUGUGAUAUUUGCCGAUUGGAUGGUUACUGUUCUUUUAAUCAUUCUCUUCAUAGGCACAUCAACCAAAGCCUUUAUGAGAGGUGUCGAGACAUGGAAGAAAGAAACUAUCAUGAAAAAGGAGGCUGCCAAGAGGUUGAAGGUAAAAAGCAAUGAUACAGAAGAAGAAGAAUACAAGCUUCUUCCUGGCGGCCCCAGCAAUGGUACGGAAAAGGUGGCCAAAGACUUGGCCGAACCCGAGGUCUCUAUUCUUGAGAAUGUUUGUUGGAAGGAAUUUGGGCUUCUUGUUUUCGUUUGGAUUGCAUUUCUUGUGCUGCAGAUCACUAAGAACUAUAUGACUACUUGUACGACAUUAUACUGGGUGGUGAACUUGCUGCAGGUCCCCGUCUCUCUUGGAGUAUCUGGUUAUGAAGCAAUUAGCCUUUACAAGGGAUGGAGAAAAAUUUCAUCCAAGGGUGACUAUGGAGCCAACUUGCAAGUGCAUCAACUAAUUACCUAUUGCUUCUUCGGCGUAGUGGCUGGUUUGGUAGGUGGCCUUCUUGGACUAGGAGGUGGAUUUAUAAUGGGUCCACUCUUUUUGGAGUUAGGAAUCCCUCCUCAGGUUUCAAGUGCCACGGCCACCUUUGCCAUGAUGUUCUCCUCAUCAAUGUCAGUCGUAGAAUAUUACCUCUUGAAACGGUUUCCAGUUCCUUAUGCGCUUUACUUGGUUGCUGUUGCAACUGUUGCUGCUUUUAUUGGGCAACAUGUUGUGAGAAAGGCUAUACUUCUGAUGGGAAGAGCAUCCAUAAUCAUCUUUAUUUUGGCAUCCACAAUCUUUAUCAGUGCAAUUUCUCUAGGUGGAGUCGGGAUUUCAAACAUGAUUGGAAAGAUUGAGCGACAUGAAUACAUGGGAUUCGAGAACCUCUGCAAGUAUGAUCCCUAGGUACAUUUCUCUUGCACAAUCAUGCUAAGAACUGACAUCCAGGUUAACAAGAUUCGGCAUCAAGCUCGUUUUCCACACGUGAUUUGCAUGUGUUUGACUCGCUCUAUUUAUUUCCAUUUACCUGUUCAAAGCUAGACGGACAUUUUUCUCCAUUUGAUCGGUUGUAGAAAUGCACUUUAAAACAUCAUUUUGUAUGCCUAAUUGAUCAAAAUGGAGCAGGAAGCUCUAAAAGACCUUCAAGGAAUUAAGUGAAAGUAAUCAUUUUUUUCCUUUCUGUUUCUUUCAAGACAUUCUCGAUGACAAACAUGUUGAGUGUUAAUCAAUAAUUAUAUCCAUUCGCGUGC